UAAAGAGAAACAGAGGCAGCAACGAUGGUUACUUUAUAAUCGUGUUACGCCUGGUUUACUGUAAAAGUUAAUAAUUAUGCGUGACGUAAUCGAAGAAGUAUCAAAUAAGCGAGUGCGUAUUAUUAUCAAACGACAAUUAUAAGAGAAUUAAAUUCUUAAUAUUAUUACGUAAUUUAAAAAUGAACGAAUAAGAGAGACCGAUCGAUGAUCCUCGAUAAAAACAGACGAACUUUUCAAUCGUCUGCCAUCAAAAUUCGUCGUUCGAAAUCCCAAAAUUUGAUAAAAAUGUGAAGAAAGAAAUGGGAUUUAAUUAUUUAUUUCGAUUAAAAUGAAAGAUUUUGGAUUAAAUUUAGUCAGUGUUAGAAUCAAAAUGAGAAUACAACAAGAAAAUAUACGCCGACAAAGAAGACAUGAGAUACACAGAAAAAGAAGACCAAAUUUAAUCCUUGAAGAAGCAGAAUGGAUGCAAAUUAGCUGUAUAGAUGUCAGUUGGAAGAUUUAUACAAAUAAUUGAAAUGAUGAAUUCAUCUAACAUUGAUGUAAAUGUUUUAAGAGUUAUAAAAAGAAAUCUUGAAAGAGGUGAAAAAUAUAUCCAAGCCUUUAUGAGUAUCGAGGGAUCACUACAUAUGCUAAAAGAAUUUCUGAUUGGACCAGAUGUUGAGAAAUUGCUGGAAGCUAUUGGUUGUUGUACUAAUCUUUGUUUUUCUUCUCAUGAAGUGACAGUGAAAGUAAUUAACAAAAUUGCACCAUAUCUGAUAACAUUCUUAAAUGGAAGUAAUAUUAUUGUUCAAAGUGAAAUGUUAAGAGCACAAGUUAAAGAAGUAGAUAAAAAUACCCUACAACAUGCCCUCAACAGGGUUCGGAAAAGGGGUAUUUUGAAUUAAUUGUUAUCCCAGAGAAUGUACAGUACAUGAGCCAAACGAACUAAAAGCAGAUGUGGAAACUGCCAUUAUGUUUGCUGUAGAUCGGGAAAGGAGAAAAGAUCCUAAUUAUAGGCCACCAGCUCCACCCCAGAUGCAUAUAGCUAAACACAGCUGUCCGUAUCGACUUCCAUUACCUGACAUGUUGCUUGUCUUACUAUGUGUCAACAGCAGUUUCCCUCACCUUCACAUCCAGCUGUGCGCUUUCCCCAACCUUCAUAGCUCAUUCCAUUUGACCAAGCUAUGUGUCAGCAUGGAGAGGAAUAUCUACAUCACUGUGUGAGGAACAUCUAGGGAGAAGAGCUUCAAAAUUGGGUGCUAGAGCUUCAAAAUUGGGUGCUGGAGCUUCAACAUAGGGUGCUGGAGCUUCAACAUUGGGUGCUGGAGCUUCAACAUCGGGUGCUGGAGCUUCAACAUCGGGUGCUGGAGCUUCAACAUUGGGUAACAGAGCUUCUGACAAUCAGUUAACUAAAGCAACCGUAAGUAUACGGUAUUUUAAAAAAUGUGUUAUUUACUUGUAAAUAAUGUUUCAAAAUAAAAAAUUUAAAAAAUUUUUAUUAUUUUUCAUCAAA